AUGUCCUGCUUCGGGGGCACCGUGGAGCAGCUCUAUCUUCUCGAACUAACGAUCGACAAGCUCAGGCUACCAGCGGAAAAAUUCAAGGACGUCGCGUGCGUCGAUGGCGCGGAUUGUUCGAUCGUAGUUAAAGUAAAAUUUCUCGAUUUUCCCACGUUCGAGAUAUCGCAGCGGGAUUUUUAUUUCGCGAAGGCCUCGCCUCGGGACUCCGAAGGCUCUCUCGAUUUCUCGUCCGGUAGAGCCUGCCUUUUUGUUAAACAACCGAGAGAUCUCGUCCGGGAGAUGCAAAAUAAACCGCUUAAAAUCGGCAUCUUUUGCGCCGGGGACACUUACCCGAUCGCGGAAACGGAAGUUCCCCUUGCGGGAUGUCUCUGCGAUCAGAUAUCCAUGGCCGCUAACGAUCGCGAUCAUUUGCCGCCCUCUUACACGAUAAAAGGAAAUUAUUCCCUCACCGAUCCCGGAGAAAAUCCUUCCGGAACGAUCGAUCUCGGCCUGAAAGUUUCCUGCCUCGGAAAAUCGGUCACGACGCACUAUCAGCUCAAUCCGAAAUCUUUUUACUUCAAGAACGACGGCGACGAUUCGAAAUACUACGUAAAGAGAAUUUUGCCUCCGUCAUCGUGCGCCGAUGAGGCUGGAGAAGGUGCAAUUAAGUGCGGGGAUUCGAUGCUACCGAGGAUCCGAGUCGACGAGGAAUUGGAGCAGGUUACUGCGAAGAAGCCGAAUGACGCAAAGAUUAAUGACAAAGUAAAGGCUAAGAAGGGCAAGAAAGAUAAAAAAAAGGCGAAGAAACAGAAGUGA